UUGAACAGGUCACUUCAAUUAUUGCUCUCUUCUCCUCAAAGCAUAUCCAGUGUCGGUUUGAAGUGUUUUUGAGAUAUGGCUAUGAAGCAAGUUGCUAGCUCUGCUAUCAAAGCCUUGGCCAACCCUGGGUCAUCUUCUGUUCUUACCAGGCAACUCCAUGCUUCUCCAGGGAGCAAAAAGAUUGUUGGUGUGUUUUACAAGGCCAAUGAGUAUUUCGAAAAGAAUCCCAACUUUGUUGGUUGUGUGGAGGGAGCCUUGGGCUUGCGUGAGUGGCUGGAAUCACAGGGCCACCAGUAUAUUGUCACUGAUGACAAAGAAGGACCCGAUUGCGAACUCGAAAAGCAUAUCCCUGAUCUCCAUGUCCUCAUAUCCACCCCCUUCCACCCAGCCUAUGUUACAGCAGAGAGGAUCAAGAAAGCCAAAAACUUGCAACUGCUUCUCACAGCGGGGAUUGGCUCUGAUCACGUCGAUCUGAAGGCAGCUGCAGAAGCUGGCUUGACUGUUGCUGAGGUUACAGGAAGCAAUGUAGUGUCGGUUGCCGAAGACGAGCUAAUGAGAAUUCUUAUUCUUGUCCGGAAUUUCUUACCUGGCCACCACCAAGUUAUUACUGGAGAUUGGAAUGUUGCAGGUAUUGCUUACAGAGCUUAUGAUCUUGAAGGGAAGACGGUGGGAACUAUUGGUGCAGGGCGUAUUGGCAGGCUCUUACUCCAACGACUGAAACCAUUCAACUGCAAUCUCCUAUAUCAUGAUCGAGUCAAGAUAGAUCCAGAAUUGGAGAAGCAGACUGGAGCAAAAUUUGAGGAGGAUCUUGAUGCAAUGCUUCCAAAGUGUGACAUAAUUGUCAUAAACAUGCCUCUUACAGAGCAGACAAGAGGGAUGUUCAACAAAGAUAGGAUUGCAAAAUUGAAGAAGGGAGUCCUGAUUGUUAAUAAUGCUCGAGGAGCAAUUAUGGACACACAGGCAGUUGCAGAUGCUUGCUCCAGUGGACACAUUGCAGGUUACAGUGGAGAUGUUUGGUAUCCACAACCAGCUCCAAAGGACCAUCCAUGGCGUUACAUGCCAAAUCAAGCUAUGACGCCUCAUAUUUCUGGUACCACCAUUGAUGCACAGUUGCGAUAUGCUGCUGGAGUCAAAGAUAUGCUUGAGAGGUACUUCAAGGGUGAAGAAUUUCCUGCACAAAAUUACAUUGUCAAGGAAGGUGAACUAGCUCCUCAGUACCGCUGAUUCAUGCUUCUUGUACAUGAAUCUGAAUGUAUUUUAUGUCAGUCGCUAAGGUCCUUUUGAAAUUUCGUACUGUUGAGUGGUCCAAAGUUUCCUUUUUGGAGCAGAGUCCUCUGCAAAUAAUGUACCAGUGUGGUGUUGUACACUUUCCGUUUUUGAAACAGAAAUAAAGUCGUAAUGAGUUAACUUUUGAUGGUUAUAA